UGCCGUGGCGCAGCAGUCGUACGAGCUGCCACGUAAUGUUGUGUAUGCCGUUUGUCCGUUCUCGAAUUGCUGCAAUUAUAUCGUCCUGUAGGAUUGCGUGGAGAUAAACGAGGUGAUGCGUGAGUCUGUGUCCAUCCAUUCCUAAUUUCGAGCGACCCGCGUCAUUGCAAAGUGUGACUUAAAACAACGAAAUGUCACAGUCAAGUGGUUAUCAAUAUCCAGUAUAUCCAGAACCCAAUAAUUCCUUGAAGAAUGAUCCAUCACCGAUAAUGAAUGGUCAAAAUUCUGCAUCUCAACAAAAUGGUAUGCAGUCUCCCCAGUUUAAUCUAACUGGCACACCAUCAUCGCAAUCGUCGCGCGACCCGUCCAGGGAGACUUCGAGAGAUCCAUCGCCAACUCAAUAUCUUCAUAAUCAAUAUCGGCCUCAGUUGCCUCGACCGCCAAUGCCACCAAUAAACGGACCACCGAGUUCCAAUGCGUUGCCUUCUCCACCUAGAACACAACUAUAUAAUCCUGUAAAUCCUUAUGGGAUCUCUAGCCAAUAUGCCACUAGUACUCAUUCAAAUGUUGCAGUCAGUACAUCUUCAACUACCUUUGUAUCCCAACCUAAUCAGGAGAUUCAACAUAGAUACACGAUUCCUUCAAAUCAGAUGUCUUCACUAGUAAAAACUUCAUCAGAAUCUGCACCUUCGACGUUUACAAAUACUAUCGAACCGAAGUUUGCUAAAGUGAACCAAAGUUAUCAAUGGACAACUAAUCCCCUACCUACUAAUGCUGCACAGGGGACUAUAGGCAUUUCUGGAACAUCCAGUAGCAUUGAUAAGACUAGUCAAGUCUCUACAGAUCAAACUGCAGGAGGUCAAACAUCCUUUACAGGAAUAAAUAAAACCUUGGCGCAUGGUCAAAGUGAUCCUACUUUUCCACCUCCAUCCAAUGUUAGUUUACCUCCUUCGAAUGUCACUCAACAUUGUUUGAAUCAAACCAGGCAUGUGCAACAAGAUCCAGCAAUUUCCAAUAUACAAUCUCCGAGAAUUCAGAAUAUCCAAGUACAACCGACAACCGGUUUUUCGGAAAGCUUAAACAGUCCUCAACUCAAAUACAGUAGUCAACAGAAUAUAUUGAGUCCAACAUUAACACCAUCGAAUUCUAGUACACGGAACUUACUUCCCAAUUCACAAGGCCAUAAUGUAGAUUCACGGAAUUCCCAGGAUUAUUCUCCUCAACCUCUGCAACCACAACAGAAUUUACUUACUGGUUACAUGGAUUCCACGGGAUUGGGAAAUAUUCCUCAAAGUCAAAAUAUACAUCAAAAUUUACCUGGUCAAAGAAGAUAUCCACAACAGGACACUGCCAAUACCACGAUGCUACUUCCAAGAACUACUGCACCACCUUUGGGAGCUAAUCAGUUACAUGGUGCGAGACCGCUGCCAUCAGGAAUGCCGCCUCUUCCGGGACAACAAAUGUACGAUACGCGUUCACAACAACCCGGUCCGAUGACGAACGUCCCAUUAGAUUCGUUAAAUAGAAGAUAUCCUAAUAUGUAUCCUGACCAAUUAAAUCAAUUAAAUAAUCAGAUGGGCAAUCUAAACAUUACACAAACUAGUUACAACAAAUUAUGGGGGAUAGAAUCAGUAGACCUUUUACAAUGCAGAAAUAUACUGCCACCUGAGAAAAUCGAACCACCAAAGAUCAAAUUACAUCAGGAAUUCUUGGAUAAUGUAAAUUGUAAUCCUGACAUAUUCAGGUGUACAUUGACAAAGGUUCCAGAAUCGAAUUCGCUCCUUCAAAAAUCAAGAUUGCCAUUUGGUGUACUAAUACAUCCGUUUAGAGACCUAAACCAGCAUUUGGCAGUGAUUCAAUGCACUACAAUCGUACGUUGUCGAGCUUGCAGAACAUAUAUCAACCCAUUUGUAUACUUCGUCGAUUCGAGAAGAUGGAAAUGCAAUCUUUGUUUCAGAUUGAAUGAACUUCCUGACGAAUUUCAAUUUGAUCCUGUGACGAAAUCGUACGGUGAUCCAUCGCGACGGCCAGAAGUUAGAACUGGCACGAUAGAGUUUAUUGCGCCAAGCGAGUACAUGGUCCGUCCACCUCAGCCUGCUGUUUAUCUCUUCGUCAUGGAUGUUUCUCGUCUCGCGGUAGAAAGUGGCUAUUUGCAGAUUGUUUGCAACACUAUCACUGAUGAACUGUCACGUCUCCCCGGUGACAGCCGUACUCAAGUCGGUUUUCUCGCUGUCGAUUCGGCCCUUCAUUUUUUCAGCAUGCCUGAUAACGUAUCGCAGCCGCACGAGAUGAUCAUGCUAGAUAUCGACGACGUGUUUCUGCCAUGUCCAGAGAACCUGAUUGUAAAUUUGAAAGAACGCGAAGAGCUCAUUCGCGACCUUCUUGCUCAGCUAUCCGUCAAGUUUUGCGGCACUCACGAUACUAACAGCGCUCUCGGUGCCGGUCUUCAAGCUGCCCUGAAACUUCUUUCCGCCACUGGAGGACGCGUCACUGUUUUCCAGACAUGUUUGCCUAAUCUUGGUCCAGGAGCCUUGCAGCCGCGAGAAGAUCCAAAUACUAGAGCGAACAAAGAUGUGCCGCAUCUUAAUCCAGCGACGGAUUUCUACAAAAGGUUUGCUCUGGAUUGCAGUGGACAACAGAUUGCGAUUGAUUUGUUCUUAUUGAAUAGUCAAUACAGCGAUCUGGCAACUUUAUCAUGCAUGUCAAAGUUUACUGGUGGAUGCAUUUACCAUCUGCCCCUGUUUCGAGCAUCAAAGUUGCAGAAUGCUGAGACAUUGGAGAGAUUGCUACGCCGUUAUUUGACCAGAAAGAUCGGUUUCGAAGCAGUAAUGCGACUUCGUUGUACCCGCGGUCUCAGCAUCCACGCCUUCCACGGCAGUUUCUUCGUUCGAUCGACCGAUCUUCUCUGUUUACCAAAUAUUAAUCCGGACGCCGGUUUCGGCAUGCAAAUUUCUAUUGACGAGAACCUCUCCGACGUGCAGAAUGUGUGCUUCCAAGCGUCUCUUCUCUAUACUUCGAGCAAAGGUGAACGAAGGAUUAGGGUACACACUUUAUGUUUACCAGUCGUAGCGAGUCUAUCAGAUAUUCUGCAUUCUGCAGAUCAACAAUGCAUAGUGGGCCUGUUAUCAAAGAUGGCUGUUGAUCGAUCGCUUCAAUCAUCUUUAUCGGAUGCUAGAGAUGCAUUGAUAAACGUUGCUAUUGAUGUCUUGUCCGCAUAUCGAUUAUCACAAUCUUCCGGCGGCGGAGGACUUAUCGCUCCGGGAAGUUUGAAGUUGUUGCCACUGUAUAUCAUCGCGUUGUUGAAGAGUAUAGCGUUUAGAUCCGGCACGAGUACACGUUUGGAUGAUCGUGUAUUCGCCAUGUUUCAAUUGAAGACGUUACCAUUAGCACAGUUAAUGCAAGUGAUCUUUCCCGAUUUGUAUCCUGUUCACGCGCUCGAUGACCGCAAUUCAAAGGACAUUGAUGGCAAAAUGUGUCCGCAGCCGCCGCGACUUCAUUUAUCCGCGGAAAAACUCGAUAGCCGGGGCGCCUUUCUUAUGGACGCUGGUGACAGAAUCUUCAUUUACAUUGGCAAAAACAUUAAUCCAAUUUUUUGUACUAAUAUACUCGGAGUUCCGGCAUUCGUAUCUAUUCCGGAAGAAAUGUACGAACUACCGGAAUUGGAUACAGUAGAAAGCGAACGGUUGCGAAAUUUUGUGUUUAGCUUGCAAGAGGAUAAGCCGUAUUAUGUAUCUGUACAAAUUAUCAGGGAUGACAGCCAUUUUAGGACACUAUUCAUCGAGCGAUUGAUAGAAGAUCGAUUCGAAUCUGCUCUUAGUUAUUACGAGUUCUUGCAACAUCUCAAGACACAAGUGAAAGAAUGAUCAAACUAAAAAAAUUCUUGGAUGAGAUUAACUUGUGAAAGUGUUAAUUAUCGAAUCCAUGAAUCAUGGAAUCAUAAAAAAAUGGUGCGAUUCAUCACAAUUCAUCGAUUUUGGGUCUCAUUUGGGAUAUAUUGGGACAUAUCACGUGAUUCAAGAUCUACUUAUGCCAUCUCUAUUUCUGCAGCAGUGAUAGCCUUAUUGAAAGACACUGACACAUUUCAAUAUGAUAGAUUGUAAUUAUUGUUAUUAUAAUUAUUAUUAUUACAUAUUAUAUGUUUCUUUAUCAUCAAUAACUCCAAUAUAUGGAUUUACAUUCUA